AACCCUAAUUUAAGCUAUUUCCAGUUUCCUUAUUUGGCGGAAUCUCUGUAACCUUUCGCUCUCUCCACCAUUGAAUGUCCUGCAAAACUUAGUUUUAAGCUCUCACAUUUCUUCAUUUUAAUCUUAUCCUUCGAUGUUUUAAUUAAAUAAAUUCUGUUGAAUCAUCUACAAUUCUUCGCUGCUUUUCCGGAGUUUGGGUGAACUUUUUUUCCAUUCUUAGGUUCUCUAUAAUUAGCGGAGUUUUCUCCGAAGAUUUCCUUCUUUUGUCUUUUUAAUUGAUUUCAUUCGCCCUGCAAGUGGCGAUUCUUCUCAUCACAUGCUCUGCUUAGGACCAACGUUGCCGGUGAAAGAAUCAGAGCUUUAUAUUGUUUCGUGGAACCGAUUCCAUUGUAAGGAGAGAGCGAGAAGGCUCUCCGUCGGGAAGAAAUCGGCAAAAGGAGCUGAAUUCUCGAUUGUUUCUUUGAAGCGGUUUUAUGGUAAGGAUAAAGCGAAGAAGCUCCCCGUAAAUAGGAAAUUUGAGGUCAGGUUAUCUCAUUCGUUGAGAGGAAGGUCAUUGACGAUGGAACCGACGGGGAAGAUGACCGACGCUUCGUUAUCGUUGCUCCUCACAUCUGGAGCGAGCGGACGCGUAAAUGCUUUGUUAUCGCUGCGGGUGUUGAAGAGUCUAGUAAUGCUGAUUAAUGCGUUUGUGAUGCUCUUGAUCGUGCCAUUCCGAGGGCGGAGACGCUGUGGGGUGACGGCAUCGGCGGAGAAAUCACCAAAGGAUGAGAAGCAAGAAAUUAGUAGUCUCAGGAAGACUACGGUGUUGCGUGUCCCUGCGGCAAUGGUUCCUCGGAAGAGCAAUUCAGCGGCUUUGACGGAUCAGGAGGUGGCCGCAAGGAGAGCGCUUGCAAUCAGGCGCGCAACUCAGGACAAGGACAGUACCUCAGCUAGAGAAAUUUUCCUCUUUGUUACUUCGAGAGGUGAAACGCUAUUCACGCAAAUGUGGACACCUGUUUUCAUUAAGAUCAAGGGAAUUGCUAUUAUUUUACAUGGCCUGAAUGAGCACAGUGGCAGAUACAGUGACUUUGCAAAACAGCUUAAUGCCAAUGGCUUUAAAGUUUAUGGAAUGGAUUGGAUUGGGCACGGUGGAAGUGAUGGGCUGCAUGGCUAUGUACAUUCUCUUGAUUAUGCUGUUAGCGACAUGAAAGCAUUUGUGGAGAAGGUCACUGCAGAAAAUCCCGGUCUUCCAUGUUUUUGCUUUGGACAUUCAACAGGUGCAGCCAUUGUCUUAAAGGCAUUGUUGGACCCAAAGAGUGAAGCCCUCAUAGAAGGUGUGGUUUUGACUUCACCAGCCCUACGAGUUCAGGCAUCCCAUCCAGUCUUUGGGGUGCUGGCUCCUAUUUUCUCAUUUUUAUUACCUAAGUAUCAAUUCAGUGGUGCAAACAAGAAGGGAAUGCCAGUAUCUCGCGACCCUGAGGCUCUAGUAACCAAGUACUCAGACCCACUUGUUUACACUGGUUCAAUGAGGAUCAGGACUGGCUCAGAGAUUCUCCGAAUCACAGCCUAUUUGCAGCAGAACUUGAGAAAACUAAGUGUACCAUUUCUAGUUCUCCAUGGCACUGCUGAUACUCUUACUGAUCCUGAAGCCUCACUAAAAUUGUACGAAGAAGCCUCGUCAACUGACAAAUCGAUCAAAUUGUACGAAGGAUUCUUACAUGAUCUCCUUUUUGAGCCUGAACGAGAUGAUAUUGCUAACUACAUCAUCGACUGGUUGAAUUCUAGAGUGAAGGUUUAAGGUAGAGAGCAUGAAGGGAAUGAAUGGCACAACGAUAACUUGA